AUGUGGUUUUCUUUGUUUUGUGACAUAAUAUACUCUGUCCUAAGGUCAACAUCGGAUGACAUCAGAUUAAUAAGAGAAAAUGAAACAAAUCAAGAUGCAACAUCCGAACAACUUGGACCUCCUCCAACUUAUCAGGAAACAAUUAGUAAUCAAAACUUACCCAUUUAUUAUCCUUCACCGAAUGUAAGUUGCACAGUUUCUCAGCUCACAGAAGAAGAACAGGUAAAAAUUGCUAAAAGAAUAGGAUACAUUCAACAUUUGCCAACUGGAGUUUAUGAUGGUUGCAAAAAAGUAGAGAAUGUGUAUUUGCAUGGUGGAUUUUUAUACUGUAUCGAUGAUUGGCUCAGGAGAUCAUUCACAUGUCCUUUUUGUAUGGAACCAGUUGAUGCAGCUUUACUGGGCAGUUAUGAAACCAAUUGA